AUGAGAGAUACCGCAAGCCGUAUCAAAGAGCUUGAGGACCGGAAGCAACGCCUGCUUCAGGAGUUCAAUGAGGUAGACCAAGAGCUGCAGCUUGCUCAUGCGCGACACAAGCAGUUGCUCAAUCAAAGCGCGCCCAUUUCCGUUCUUCCAUUCGAGGUGUUGUCUUCCAUCUUCAUGCUUUGCUCUGAAGAUGCCAUCCACUCCCGCUCUCCAUUUGGCAUCACUGCCUCUCACGUCUCUAGUACCUGGCGUGCCGUUGCCACUGGUACACCUAUGCUCUGGAGUAGCAUAUUCAUCAACAUAGGGUUGAAGCAUACGGAUGGCUCCUUUUUCAAGAAGUUGAAGCUAUUAAAUAUGUAUCUGAGCCGGUCGGACGAGUGCCUGCUGAGCAUGCGUUUGCAGGUCAACGGAAAUUUUCCCUGGCCAGUGUUACUUGAUACCAUGGCCGCACAUUUAUGGCGAUGCAACGAACUCUCCAUUUCCAUAGCUAACAACUUCUCGCCGAUCGAGGAUGUUGCUGAAAAGAUGCGAGUGUUAGCCGUGCCGCAUCUCGAACGCCUAUCUAUCCGAAUCAAAUUCCAACCCCAUCAUCCUCACCAACAAACACAAUACGAACUCGUGAAACCUCAGAUUCUAUCCGGCGGAGCAGGUUCUUUAUCAUUCGUUCGGCUUUCUGGCGUCUCAGGACCCCUCCAGCCGCCCCUGGGCAACGUCACGACACUUCACAUAGAUGGGACUCAUAUGGAUGAACUGCAUUUGGACCAGUGCCGGGUUUUCCUUGGGUCCAUGACAAAACUAAUCAAUCUCUCAUUGUCCAGAAUGAAGCUAACACCCGGUCUGCCAAGAGAAUCUACACCUGUCCACCUUCCAAACCUUCAGUCCCUUCGUAUCAGCGGCACCAAUGAACUCGACCGCUCUCAUAUGCUAAUGGCCCAACUACCUUUGUCCCAGAUUCACUCCCUUACUCUUAGGGAUAUUGAUGAUUUGGGUGACAGUCGGUUUCCCAACGUCCGGUCUCUCACCCUGAGCGCAUGCUCAUUUCCCAGCACACAAUUAGGUCACACUGUGGAUGCGUUUCCGUCGCUCACCAGCAUCGACUGUGACCUGGCUGUCAUUUCGAUAUUGUUAAUAUUGUCGUGGACCGGCGAUGAAACUGAAAACGAUGGCAUACCUGCUUUUUGGAAGAAGGUGGAGACUCUUUCCAUACGAGAAAUGGAACCUAUACAUAUCGAUUUGCUUAUUCGCUUGAUCACUGCUCGAGUGAAAAAGAGUAGCGCAUUUCGCCUUCUGCGUCUUGAUCGUCGAAGCCGAUCUGCUCUCCGUUCCAAGAAUGAGCUAAAACUGCUCGAAAAAAUGGUUACUAUCGAGGAUUGCGAUUAUGUGGAACCUUGGCCAUCUGGUCUUGAGUACGAGGAUGAUGACGACAGUUUUUGGGACUAG